GCUACGGCGCUCCGGGGGAAGGGGGAAGGACUCGUCGGUGGCUAUGGCUGGGUUAUGGUGGGUGGUUUUUUGGUGGGGGUGGCUGGGCAGGUGAUUGGGUUAAUUUUUUUAUUUCAUUUUAUUUUUUAAAAUAUAAAUCUAACUAUAGUUAAUAAAUUUAAUGAAAUAAGGUUAUGAAUGAGAUGGAAAUCUUAAUUAAGGUCAUUUUAUAUAAUCCAAAAAAAGGGGGUUAUCAUUUGUGCGUAGCAAUAAUAGGGGGUUAUCAUUGAGAAUAUCCCUAAAAAUGAUUAUGUUUUACAAAGUAUGUGUUAGUUUUCCAUUCAAAAAAAAGUAUGUGUUAGUUUUGGGCUUGUAAUUGUUGUAAGAGUCAAUAUAUACCUGCGGAGUAGUCCAUUGUAUCAUAACGUUCAUGGACCGAUAUGCAAACAUAAUAAUAGAUUUUGAUACGAAUAUAACUAAUUUGAAUUUGGUCAAUAUAAUAUAAUUCUAGACCAAAUAUGAUUGUAUUGGAGUUAGUGGAAAUGUGAAUUGGAAUGGAAUUGAGCCAAAUUUAAACUGAAAAUCAAACUUUCACCCCUAGUUAACAAUCGAUUUUAAAUCACUGAAUAUAAUACAUUUCAAAGUCACGUUAUAUUUAAAUAGUUGUUGUUUAAAAAAAAAUAUGUAACUUGAUAAUUCCCAUUAAUUAAUCCUUCUUAAUAAUAAUUGGUUAAAAAUAUCACCUUAACUAAAUACACUCACCACAUGAAAAAUUAAACUAACUACCCACCAUUACAUCAUUAGCAACAUGAAUAGGAACAUCACUUCCUUCUUAAUUAAAAUUGAAACAUCUAAUGUGAAUAGACCCAAGUCACCCAACAAUAGUAUCCAAUAAAAAAAAAAAAAAAAUCUAUAAUCCAUCAUAUAAAUAAAAUAAAAACAAUUCAAGGUUAAAAUAGUUUAUUACAAAAUGGCGUACUGCUAUUUUGCUUUUUUAUAGGGAAACUUGAGUACAUGCUACUAAGUUUCUAAGACCCUAUCUUUCACAAAGCUUCAUCACUUAAUCUUAAAAUUCGAAUAAUACAUUAAGAAAAAAAAAAAUUCUUACAAAAAUUAAAAAGUUUCAUGUUGUUGGAUCAAACCUCUCAUAGGUUAUCUCAACCAAUUUUAGAUAUCAAAACUCAAUAUCAUCGAAAAUUAAAGGUAGAAAUCAUACCAUUAGCUCAAACAAUAAUCUUGGUCAAUUCUAAAUCUAUAAUUAAUAAAUCUUAAAUAAUUUUAACCAUCAACAAUUAAUUUCAUAUGAUUAUAUAAUAUAUUACAAUAUACAAUUAAACAAAUUGAGUUUGUUUUGAAACUAAUUUAUUUUUAAAUCUUAAUUUACAAAGUCAAAAAUGUCAACACGUACAUUUAAUAAUUUAUGUGGAACACAAAUGACAAAAUAAUAUUGUGUGGUUCCAUCUACCCAUUAAGAAUUUGGAAAUAUUUUUUUUUUUAUUUUAAAUUACUUUGUAUCAAUCUCUAUUUUACUAUAUAUGGAAUAUUAAAAUUGAAAUCUAAGACUAAGAUUUUGAAUAUAUUCUUAUAAUUAGUUUAAUGUAUGAAGGAAAAUAUAAUGAGAUGCAAAAACUAUAACAAAUCAAAACCUUAAGCUGUAGAAGUGGUAUAAGAUUUGCCAGAAAAUUGACACCUCAAUUGUAUAAAUUUAGAAACUAAAAAAAGUCCAUAACAACUAACAAACUAAUAAAAAAAAAAUUAAUAACAAAAAUAAAAAUGAAAAAACUUUGUCUUAUGUACUCCUCCUUUCCCUUAUUUCUCUCCCAACUUCACAUUUCUUCUCUUCCUCUUAAGCUGUAUGAGAAAAUAAGGGAAGGUAAUGAAGAGCAACCCGAAAAACUCAUUCAGAAAAAAGCUGCAUAUUCGGUGGCAACGCAGCGAAAAUCUCACCACCAUUCCUCAGCAAACACCACCUACACAACAAUCAUAAAACAAAAACCAAUACAAAUGAGCAAUUGUACAAUUUCCAAUAGCAUUAUUACUUCCAAUAGUCAUCAACAUCAUCAUAGUAGAAUUAGCAAUGGUACUCAGGCAUGCGCGGCAUGUAAGUAUCAACGUAGGAAAUGUGCCUCAGAUUGUGCUCUAGCUCCUUAUUUCCCUCAUGAUCGCCAAAGACAAUUCCUAAACGCGCAUAAAUUAUUUGGGGUCAGUAACAUAACUAAGAUCAUACGCAACCUUAAUCCUCCUGAUAAGGACAUAGCUAUGCGUACAAUUAUAUAUCAGUCUGAUGCGCGUGCCAAAGAUCCUGUAGGCGGUUGUUACAGGAUCAUAAGGGAGUUGCACCAUCAGAUUGCAUAUUGUAAGGCAGAGUUAGACCUUGUUCUUCAACAACUCGAGCUUUGCAAGGCUCAAGUUUAUCAACAACAACACGCUCAAUUAUAUCAGAUUGCUACCGGCCUUACCCCUCAACCUUUGGACCCUGAUUCACAGGUUGAUGCAGGGACUGCUAGUACUCCUGUUGCUGAUAACAACAAUAAUAAUCAGCAGGGUACUGAGAUUUUAACAUGUGAUAAUGAUAGUUAUCAGCAAUAUCAGGCUUUAAUGCGGUGUUAUUAUUAUGAUGAGGCUGAACAAGGGAAUAAUAAUGAGCAACCAUACAUACCUAUUUCGCAGCAACAACAGGUUCAAGAUCAGAAUGAUCAGUAUUCAUGGGUGGCUCCUCCGAAUGAUGAUGCAGUGUUAGCCUCAUCAAAUAGCAGCACGAGCCAUGGUGACUGUUUUGUGAUGAAGAAUGAUUUUGGAAGCGAAUGUGAUGGAUUGGAGAUGAAGCCGCAGAUUCAGAUUGUUGCGAAUGGUGCACCUUAUGAUGAUGAGAAAGAAUAUGGAAGCAAGUUUGAUGAGUCAUCUACGCAUGUUGAUCUCUCGUGUUGUGAUCUUCAAGGGGAUGGAUUGAAGUUUGAUCAUCAACAAACUACAGAGCUCAGUGAAGAGGCGGCGUUGAAGGAAGAAAAUAUUGUCCUCAGAAAUCCGGAGGAUGAAUCUUUUCACCACAUUUCCGAGCACGAUCUAAGGAAUGCAGCUACUUUAUUCACCCUGACAAAUUGAACAGACAAUGAAAAUCUUUCUUUCAUAGACUAGGCUAGGAGGCUAUCCAACAUUUUUAAAGAAUGGAUGAGGAAAUAGAGUUUAAUACAUUUGUAGAAUUUUUGUUUGAAUCGUUUGGUUCCACAUCCCUAUCCAAUGAAAGCCGGUGGUAGCAAGCCAUCGCAGCUUUAGAGGAAUAAAUUAUAAGACUUGCAGCAGUUGAUUUGAAGGAUCCUUGCAACUGUAUGAAGGUGUAAAUCAUAGGAGUUAACCACAGAAGUUCAACCUUUGUGGAGUACCUUGCAAAAAAUGAUUCAUAAUUCACAGCA